GCUGGAGCCCCAGCAGCAGCAGCAGCAGUAGAGUCCGAGCAGCUCCAGCACUUUAACACCACCGACAGGGAAACAUGGAUUACCGCCGGAUACAGAGGGUCCUGUGCGUCAGUGUAUUUAUCAGCUGUAUAUGUGUUUCUCUGCAGAGUAAAGAAGAGGUGCUGUUGGACAUGGUGGCGUCCGGUGGGGAGCUGGGCUGGCUGACCUGGCCAGAUGAGCAAGGAUGGGAGAUCGCCCAGCAGGCUGUGAAUGGCUCCUUGCUCUAUAAUUACUUCAUCUGCAAUGUGGAGGCUCGAGAACAAGACAACUGGCUGCGCACCACCUUCAUACAGCGCCACCCAAAAGCCACCCGGGUGUUUGUGGAGAUCCGCUUUGUAGUGCGCGACUGCAACAGCUUCAACGCAGACUCUCUGACCUGCAAGGAGACCUUUAACCUGUACACGUCUGAAGCUGAUGCUGACAUCGGCACCAACUUCCGCAAAGGCCAGUUCCGUAAGGUGGCCACCAUUGCACCGGACGAGAUCUCCGGCCGUGGAGACAUGCAGGUCAACGUGGAGACUCGAGUGGUGGACAAUCUGUCCCGGAAGGGUUUUUACCUGGCCUUCCAGGACAUUGGAGCCUGUGUGGCUAUCUACUCAGUCAGGGUUUACUAUAAAACCUGUCCAGCCACGGUGAAGAGCUUGGCAGUGUUCCCCGAGACAGUGGCAGGGGGGGAUAACCAGGCCCUGCAGGAGGUGGCUGGGGCUUGUGUGGAAAAUGCUAUGAGCGAGGACCAACCACGCAUUUACUGCACUGCGGACGGCGAGUGGGUGGUGCCAGUGGGCCAGUGCCAGUGCCGCCCUGGAUAUGAAGCUAUGAACGAUUCGUGCCAAGAGUGUAAGUCAGGCUUCUUUAAAGCCUCGUUGUCCAGUGAGAAGUGUAAGCAAUGUCCGAAGAACACGCAGCCCUCCAGUCAGGGUGCUCUGAGCUGUCCCUGCCUGCAGAGAUUCUACCGGGCUCCAGAUGACCCCUUGACAACUGCCUGCUCAGGUUUACCUUCAGCUCCCCAAAAGCUGGUGGCCACCACAGCCCAGAUGGCCGUAGGCAAGCUUCAGCUGUCCUGGGCUCCCCCAGCAGACACCGGCGGGCGCACCGAUAUCACCUACAGCGUGGUGUGUGAGCGCUGCGAGGACGAUGUGUGUCAGCCUUGUGGAGAGAAGGUGCGCUAUGAGCCCAACAACACCGGCCUGAAGGAGACCACUGUUACCAUCAGUGAGCUGGAGCCACACCUGAACUACACCUUCACAGUGGAGGCUCGCAGUGGUGUGUCUCAGAGCAGCUCUCAGAGAGCCACCAGCACCAUCCACACCGCCCUGCACUACACAGACCCUCCUAAGGUGACAGCAAUGCACCUGGUGAAGAGCAGCCCUACGAGUCUGUCCCUGUCCUGGUCCGUGUCUCGCCGGGCCAAUCCCAGCGCCACCCGCUACGAGCUAAUGUAUCGUAAAAAGGAGAAAAACGAGGAAAAGAUCAACACCCAGGUGACGACCUACACCGUGCUGGUGCUGGAGAAGGACUCUGUACAGAUCAUCGACCUCGCUCCCUCCACGGCCUAUCUGUUUAAAGUCCAGGCUCUCGGUCCGGAAGGGAACCCAGGCAGCUACAGUAUGGAGCAGGAGUUCUCAACACAGCCUGAAGUUCCUCCCAGCCAGGGAAACACGGCCGUGAUUCUCGGAGCUGCAGUGGGAGGAGGAGUCAUGCUCUUCAUUGUGGUGGUGGUUCUGCUCCUGCACAAACGCCGAAAAAACUCUCACACAAGGCAAGGGCCGGAGGACGCCUACUUCUCCAGCCCAGAGCAACUGAAGCCCCUGAAGACUUAUGUAGAUCCUCACACAUAUGAAGACCCCAACACGGCUGUGAUGAAGUUCGCCAGUGAGAUUCAUCCCAGCCACAUCACUAAACAGAAAGUGAUUGGAGCAGGUGAGUUUGGAGAGGUUUAUCGAGGCAUCUUGAAGGCUCCUGGACGGAAAGAAGCAGCAGUUGCCAUUAAGACGCUCAAGCCGGGCUACACCGAGAAGCAGAGGCAGGACUUCCUGAGCGAGGCCAGCAUCAUGGGCCAGUUCUCCCAUCAGAAUAUUAUUCGUCUGGAAGGAGUGGUGACCAAAUUCAAGCAUGCCAUGAUCAUCACUGAGUUCAUGGAGAAUGGUGCACUGGAUAAAUAUCUGAGGGACCAUGAUGGAGAAAUGCCCUCAUUCCAGCUGGUGGGCAUGCUCCGCGGUAUUGCGGCCGGUAUGAAGUACCUCUCAGACAUGAGCUACGUUCACAGAGACCUGGCCGCCCGCAACAUCCUGGUCAACUGUAACAUGGAGUGCAAAGUGUCCGACUUCGGUCUGUCCCGAGUUCUGGAGGACGACCCCGAGGGCACCUACACCACUAGUGGAGGCAAAAUUCCCAUCCGCUGGACCGCUCCAGAGGCCAUCGCUUAUAGGAAGUUUACCUCAGCCAGUGAUGUGUGGAGCUUUGGCAUAGUCAUGUGGGAGGUGAUGGCCUUCGGGGAGAGACCCUACUGGGACAUGAGCAACCACGAGGUGAUGAAAGCCAUUAAUGAGGCUUUUCGGCUCCCCGCUCCGAUGGACUGCCCCUCAGCUGUGUACCAGCUCAUGCUGCAGUGCUGGCUCCAGGACCGCUCCAAACGGCCUCGCUUCCAGGACAUCGUCAGCCUGCUGGAUAAACUCCUCAAAAGUCCAGACUCUCUCAAGGCCAUUGCAGACUUCGACCCUCGAGUGUCCAUUCGGCUCCCCAGCACCAGCGGCUCCGAUGGCUCUCCCUUCAGGACUGUGUCUGAGUGGCUGGAGUCCAUCAAGAUGAGUCAGUACAGUGAAAACUUCAGCAUGGCUGGCAUCGUCAGCAUGGAGCAGGUGCUGCAGAUGAAGAGCGAGGAUAUCCGUAACAUCGGAGUCCGUCUGCCGGGUCACUUGAAGAGAAUUGCCUACAGCAUCCUGGGACUUAAGGACCAGACCAGCACCCUGAGUGUAUUUGCAGUGUGAAGAACUCCCAGAAUCUCUGGGGCUCGCCAAGAGGACCAGAACUCUCUGAGUAGCUGCUGGUGAACAGAACUCUAAGCUGCGCUGGGCCUGGGCUGCAGGGACGGCCUUUCACCCAGGCAGGCAUCACCCUCCAGACAUGCUAGACAGACUCUCAUAGUGAUGGAGACUUGUAGCAGAUUUGAUAUGCUCAAUAUCAAAACGAAGGGGAUGCAUAAGUCAACAACAACAAAAAAAAAAAGGAUUACCUUUUUUUAAGUUUAAAAAGCUAAAUGAUGUAUCAGUCGAAACGUGUACAUUAGAAAUAUAUUUUUACAACACACUUUUUUUUUAUUUUUCUGAAAGAAAAUAGUUACACUUCUUCUUAAGCUUUAUAAUAGUAAUUUUUCUACGUUUUUUGUUUUGUUUCGUUUUGUUUAAUGUGCAUGCUUACUAAGUUGCCAGCAAAUGAUCAUUCUGCUCUGAUCUUGUAGCAAAAAACGUUGAAUAUAUAUAUAAUUCUUCUUUGGGAAGUGUAGCACGAAUUAGAGAAAGGUCUUUUAUAGAGCUGCAAGAUAUAAAUCAUAUUUAUAUCGGUAUUGCGAUAUGGGUUUAAUGAUGCAUAUGCAAGAGCUGCAAUAACAUUGUGAAUAAUAGCAACAAUUAUUUUGCAUAAACAGCAAUGCUUUUUGAAUUAUAGCAGCAUAGCAAGCUACACAAAAACACUUUGCUUCAUUGCAGAUAAGAAAAGAGAAAAGGGACGUUUAUCUGACGUUAGUCUUCAGUAGCAGAGAGUGGAAAUAAUGGUUGUAGCUCGGUCAGUCUAUGACAUUGUCUUAUAAACUGCAGGACAUAAACGGCUAUAUAAAAAGCCCUACAGGCUCGGUAUAGCUGCACAGCUUGUGCUGGCCGCUGUAUCGCCUGCUAUAAGUGAGUAUGACAUUGCCAUUAAGCUCUUAUUGCUACAAGUCUGUUCACAUUUCUUUGAUCCAAAGAAGAAAUGGCAAGGUUAGACACUCAAACAAAAAAAAACACUGCAAGCAUAAGGAGUAGAGACACCACAGCUACAGUAAAAAAAUAGCACUUAAAUAGUAAAAGAAUUGGAUUUGGAAGCAGUGGAUGAGAUGACUCCAUUUAAAUGCUGGGGCUUUUCUCUAUCCCAUGUUUCAUCCUUUAUCAUUAAAGAACAUUAUGGUAAUGUGACAUUCAGAACCGAGCCAGGAUGACAAAAUGGAAAUGGGUGAGGAACAAAAAAUGCUGUAAGUUAUAAUUUGAUGCGCAUAACUGCAGCGUUAUGUCGGAUUGAAUCAGAUGAAAAUAUAUGACAUCUCCGGGAGAUGCCAGCGAACGGUUCUGAGUUUGUGGUAUGUGGGACAAAUGACAAUCCAAACAAGCAACUGUUGUAAAAAAGAAAGACAUAAAGGAGCUGCUCUGUUCACUGAUGAAAAGAUGAAAGACCAAGUUCUGUUAUACAUUUUUUCUUUUUCUAUUUUUUUUUUUCUUUUAUUUUAGUGUACCAGCAUGAUCGUGUUUACAUGCAUAAUAAUAAUGCUGAUAAUGCAAAUUCUCUAAAUGACUUGGACAGGCUAGUUUCCUUCUAAUUUUAUGUUCUAUGAAACCAGAUACUAUGGGAUGAAAUGCUGUACAGUGCAUUGACCUUUUUCCAUACUAUCAAAAAUCUUAUUUGAGGGAAAUUCCACUUUCUUUCCUGUCACGAACUGAAAUAGAGAAUGUACGGCCUGGUAGUGCCUUACUAAGGACUUUAAUUACUCUUAAUUCCUUUUUCUUAAUUUGUAAAUAUAAAUUGCAGCAAAUGGACAAUUUGCUGAUUGUUAAUGUGUAGUACUGUUUGCCACUGAUCUGUUUAUUCUCCCUUUUUAUUAUGACACUGUGGUGAUACAUUCAUGAUAAGUGUGGUAUCUGAUUUCCUUAUGAUGACAUUAGACGGUAAGCGUGAGGUCAUGAUGUGGCAGGAAACCAACACAGAAAAAGAAGUAAUGAAAAAAAAAAGGAUUGCAGUUUUUGAUCUCCUUCCUUGAAUUGAGUCAUGUUUUAUCCUGUUUAAAUGGCUUAAUGUUAAGCUUACUUCAUAUGAUGGAAAAAGAAAAUUUAAAAAAAUGUAUACAAUCUAAAAACACAUCACACAUUGGCAAGUUCUCAAAGUCUGAUUUGCCCAAUUGUUUUGUACUUUAUUUAAUAGUCUAUUUAUUUUAGUUUUAUUUAUUGUGUUCAAACAAUAUUGAGCUGGGAUAUAUUUGUAAUGAAAUAUUUUUCAUUCACAAUAAAAUCUUCGUAGUCUUA